GUCCAAUCUCUCUGUCUCGCUCUUUAGUAAAUUUUUCUCUGUACAUCAAUCUCUUUUCUGAUCUCAUAAAUGGCAGAACAUAAAGUAGCAAGGUUUUCAAGUUGUCGUGGAGUUGCCUUUGAGAUCAAUCCCGAUAAAACAAGUCCAUUUUCAAUAACAACUCCUCCUGUAGUUGAAGCGCCCCAAGAGUCGUCUAAUGCAACAUGGGUAUGGCUUCCGUGGACUCAAAAGAGUUCUUUCAAGGUGUUUCCAGCACCUUUAACUGGGUCAUUUCAUAGAUCUCUAAGUCGACCUAGUAAUCAUUUCUGUGACUUAGAUGUCGACGACGAGGAUGAUCAUGAUGAUGAGACAAUUUAUGAGGAUGAUGAGGAUGUAGAUUUAGAGGCCUUCACUGAAGAAGAUCUCGAGAAGCAAAAUUCUGUUCGUAAGCCCUCGUUUAGAUUGAAAACAUCCAUCAAGAGACAAGAAUCACUGCUGCGAAAGAUACCACCCAAAAAAACUCAAUCCAGACUUUCAAUCAUUUUACUUGAUCAAGGGCUUUUUCCCGUCUACAAACGACUGUUCGUUGUUUGUUUCACGUUAAAUAUGAUCGCAUUAACUCUCGCUGCAGUCGGGCGUUUCCCAUAUGCAAAAGAAAAGGCUGCUCUCUUUUCUAUUGCCAAUAUACUUGCACUUGUUCUAUGUAGAAGUGAAGCUAUAUUAAGGGUUGUGUUCAUGUUAGCAGUGAAGGUCUUAGGAAGGUCAUGGAUCCCGGUACAACUAAGAACUGCAACAACUUCUUUUCUACAAUGCCUUGGAGGAGUACACAGUGGUUGUGGCGUUUCCGCAAUUGCUUGGCUGAUCUUCGCUCUAAUUCUGACCCUAAAUGAUAGAAACAACACUUCUUCAGAGAUCAUUGCUGUUGCUUCUUCCCUUUUAUUUCUCAUCGGUCUCUCCUCCUUGGCAGCAUUUCCUCUUGUUCGCCAUCUCCAUCAUAACGUUUUCGAAAGAACACAUCGUUUUGCUGGUUGGACUUCCCUCCUUCUCGUAUGGGUCCUCAUCGUUCUUACCAAUUCUUAUGAACCAUAUCAAAAAACCUACAACUUCAGUUCAUCCAGAUUCAUCAAAACUCAAGAAUUUUGGUUCACGUUAGUCAUCACUAUUGUUAUCAUCCUCCCAUGGCUAACAGUAAGACGGGUACCCGUUAGGAUAUCUACUCCUUCAAAUCACGCAUCCAUAAUCAAGUUCGAAGGAGGAAUAAAGAGGAGUUCAUUUUGCUGGUCUUCCCUACCUUCUCAACAUGUACGAAAGAGUUGUAUUAGUAGCAACAGGAUCAGGAAUCUGUGUGUUUUUAUCAUUCCUUUUGCAACCAUCCAGAGCUGAUGUUUGCGUAGUUUGGGUUGCUAAAGGAAUCGAGCAGAAUUUCGGGAAAGAAAUACAACAAAUGAUGAGCGGCUUUCCAAAGGACAAGGUUAUUGUUCACGAUACGGCAGUUCUUGGUCGGCCGAAUGUAGCUAAAAUGAGCAUCGAUGCCGCGAAGAAAUGGGACGCUCAGGUUGUGAUUGUAACUAGCAAUCCUGAAGGCAGUAGGGAUGUUGUCGAUGCAUGCAAAGGUGCUGGGAUUCCUGCUUUUGGACCUA